CGUACGUUAUGACUGGUCAUUGUGGUGACCGAUCGCUAUAUAACUGAUGUAGAGCUCCGGUCGCCGCAUUUAAUGUUGUAUUAUCGAACGAUAUAGACCUGCGUCUAACUUAACCUAACCUAAUCUUUUAUCGAUAUAAUUAAAGUGAUGGCACCGAUCACAGACAGUGUGAACGGAAGUAAAAUUUAUACGCCCGUGAAGCAAAGUCUACCAGAAGUUGAUCCUGAUGACGGAUAUGGCGCGAAACGGUAUUCGUACGAAACCCUUGUGGAGAUAGCAAAUUUCCUACUCUCCCGCGUCUCAAUCCGGCCAUGCAUCGGCGUCAUUUGCGGCUCUGGGAUGGGUUCGUAUUGGAAACAGGGAUCAUUGGCUGAAACUAUAACUGACGCGGAGUGCAUACCUUAUGAAGAUAUACCCAAUUUCCCCGUCAGCACUGUUGAGGGACACCAUGGGAAACUAGUGUUCGGGAGACUGGAUGGCAUUCCAGUAGUAGCGAUGCAAGGACGCUUUCACUAUUACGAAGGAUAUCCGUUAUGGAAAUGCUGCCUACCGGUUAGAGUUAUGAAGCUUAUUGGGGUGAAGACACUUAUCGCCACUAACGCUGCGGGCGGUCUGAACCCUAAUUAUAAGAUUGGCGAUUUGAUGAUAAUGAAGGAUCACAUUAAUAUGAUGGGUUUCGCUGGCAACAAUCCCUUACUCGGACCAAAUGACGAGAGAUUCGGACCCCGAUUUAUACCGAUGAACAAAGCUUAUAAUUAUGAAUACAGACAAAUUGCUAAACAGUUGGCCAAAGAACUAAACAUAGAGAAUUUAGUAAGAGAGGGAGUGUACACUUGCCUCGGGGGACCUAAUUUCGAGACGGUCGCAGAACUAAACAUGUUGAAGAUGGUUGGAGUUGACGCUGUGGGUAUGUCGACUGUACACGAGGUAAUUAUUGCGAGACAUUGCGACAUGAAAGUAUUCGCUCUGUCUUUAAUAACCAACGAGUGUGUGACGCGCUACGACCAGGACGAUGAGGCGAACCACGAAGAGGUUUUGGACGUGGGUAGAAUGAGGCAGGACAUCCUACGCAAAUACGUCACCAGACUAGUUGCUAAGUUCGCUGAAGUAGAAAACUAUUAGUAACCAGCUUAAAUAUACGUAUACAUAUUUAAAAAUAUAAUAAUUUACACGAAACACUGAAAAAAAAUUGCCAAAUUCCAAAUUUUGUUAAUAAUUUACAGAAUUUAUUUGUUUUCCAUGUUAGGUUAAUUUUUGAUAGAAAAUUUUGUAGCGUUAUAUCUUGCCAUUGUAUUUAAGAGUGAUGUUUAGCAGAUUGUCUGUACCCAGUAAUCUCAUAAUCAUAGAUAAGAUAUAGUAAUUUUUAUAAUUAUCUAAGCUAUAAUUGUUUAAUUCUGCAUGAACACAUUAUAAGUUAUUUAGAAAUUAAAUUUUAUUUAUUUCAACAUAUUUUAUAUUAUUUUUCUGUACCAAAUUAAAGAAAUAAAUAAAAUGUAUAAUAUAUUAUAUCCCUUUCAUGCGAAUUUAUUGUAAUUACAUAUAAUACAUAUACAUAUGUAAAUAUUUAGUUUAAAUACUAGAGUUUAGGUAUGCUAAGCAUUUCUAUGAUCGUCUGUAA